CCUUGAAACUCAACGCCACUAUUUGCUAACUAAUAAAUAAUGUGCUCAACAAGUCUUUAGCCGAGGCAAAAGCUAAAGUCAUCCUAGACAAAAUGUCUAAACUCUAAUUAUAGAGUUCCUUCUCAAUUCACUAAAAAUAAAUUUAUAAAUUAUGUUGCUUCAAUGUUUCAAUCAAAGGCAAUGCAUAUCGCUGUUCCUGCUGCUGAUGACGGCAUCGCCCAUGCAAAUGAUGGCCAUCGAUGGCAGCUCAAAGGAAGCGUUGGCGUCGUCCUGGAGCAGCAGCAGCAUCAGCGGCGGGGACGRCAGCGACGACAGCAACUGGCCAGCGAGCAACUUUUAUGGCAACGGAAAUCUGUUGCCAAAUAUUGAGGCCAGGGAAAUGGUGCCCAAAUUUGUUGACAUGGCUUUCAAUUUCCCGCCGUAUCCGCUGAACAAGAACAGACAUUGGCGCUCCGAUAAACACUUGAAGGAGCUGGCCCAGGUGCAUCGGACAUGGCUGCAAUCUCCGGCAGAACGAUCUAGAACAAAACUGAAACGUGGCCUCCAACCGUAUAGGCCGACAAUGAGUCUGAACGAUUACGUGCUGCAGCCGGAUGUGGCCAACUACUACUAUAAACGUAAACGCGAGCCAAGUUCACGCUUUAAGCCCUCCAUCAGUGCUGUAAUGACAAAUCUGGGUGAUUUCUUUAAGCAGCUGAAGGCGAACGUUCACUAUGCCGAGCAGUCGCAACAUCAGCUCGGCGAGGAGGAAUCUCAAUUGCUCGAGGGCGUGCAUCCGCAUCAGCAAAUGAUAAUCGACGACAAUGAUGAUGAUAACGAUGCGGGUGCUUUAGAUGGCGCCGACUAUGAUUCCGGGCAGCCGUCCGAUCGCAAGGGCUCCAAGCUGCGCAGCUAUCGACCAUCGCAGAAGAUACGCUCGCUGGUGUCGCGUAAUCCCAAUGGAUAUCGAGGUUCGCAGUUUAUUGAUCCCAGCUACAUGUGGUUGGGUCUGGGUAAAUGACCAUAAGCUGCUCCAUCAACAGGUUGCAACGAUUCGAGAGAUCCUCUUCUUUCCGCCGCGCCCCGCCCCUAAAACUUUUCAAUCUUUCAUCUGU